UGAAAAACCAAAACUUCCGGAUAGAGGGCGUUGUGAUUCAAUAUGGCUGCGCCCAUGUGUGGAAAUAUAGCUUCAACAUGAGGAUGAAAAAUACUCCUUCAUGAUUGCAAUGAUUACACAUGAAUAAAAUCGUUGAACACUGAAACCAAACAGGAGAAAUGACAGCAGUCCCUAAUAUUUUUAGCUCGGAUCCGACAGUAACCAAAGAAAUCGUGCUUCUCUUGACCCAGGAUGGCCUCUGUCCCCGUUGUGUACUGAGGUUCCUGGGGGCUGGAGAUGUUGGGCUAUUCAGAGCCACCUCAGAGGAACUGGCUCAGAAAGUGAAGUCCUUGGUGGAUGACCAGGAUGACAUAUUCUCUCCCCUCCCCUGUCCCGCCUGUCUGGGGAUUCUACAAGUUUACCUAGAGGAGGGAUUCCUAAACAGGGUUGUGGAGGCGGUUAGAACCAGUGACCAUCAGUUCAAAAACUUCAUUUGUUCUCUAACUACGCCAGUCUGUUCACUGCUCAGAGAGCAUGCCAUAUUACUGCUGUUGAAAGAAAAAUUCAAGUCUCUGUACGAACACAGGGAGGUGGAGGAGAUAUCCUCAGUAAAAGAUGUCUGGAAAUGGAGAAGUGGCCCACUCCUGGCAGCAGCUCUAGAUGCUCCGUUCGAGCUCAAGAGCAAGUUUGACAUUAUUCUGAAUUUCACCUAUGAAAAGUCAGACAAAGAGUGCACGUUUCUGUCAUACCACAGUCCAGAAGUGUUCAGAAAAAGAAAGCAACAAAGGAGUUAUGGAGACACCUACACAAGGGCUAAUGUAGCUAGAGUUUUGUCCAAAAUGACAGAGGGGUAUUUCAAAAGAAACUACAGUCUUCCUAAGAGUAAUGAGACCAAUGUUUGUCUCUGUGAGGACAUCAGGUGUGUUCACGAUGCAGUCUUUGUGGCUGGUCGUUACAACAAGUACAGUCGCACUCUGAGCCAGACGCCGUGGAUUCUAGAUGGAGGAAGAAAAAGCGAAUCAUCAGUGGAGGAGGAAAUCUGUGGACCAUUGAAAAAGAAAUUUCUUUUUACAGAGCAACGAUUUUCUUCAUCUGGAAGAGAAGAUGUUGAUGUCAGAAUGUUGGGGAAAGGGAGGCCAUUUGUAGUAGAGAUGGCUGACCCUCACCGAGUCCGACUCACGCCUGAAGAUCUGGCAGAAAUACAACAGGAAAUCAACAAAUCUGCUGAUGUGAAAGUCAGAGACUUACAGAUUGUUGAAAAGAAUGAUAUCAACAAGCUGAAGGAAGGAGAGAUCGAGAAAACAAAGACGUACUCCGCGCUGUGCUGGUCCAAGGAACCUCUGUCUCAGGAACAGCUCCAAAAGCUUCAGGAGGUCAAGGAUCUGGUAAUUUACCAGAAAACUCCAAUUCGUGUUCUUCAUCGUCGACCCUUAGCGACCAGGGAAAGAGUUGUGUACAGCAUGUCAGCAGAAAAAGUUGAUGACCUUCAUUUCACCUUGAACCUCUUAACUCAAGCUGGCACCUAUAUCAAGGAGUUUGUUCACGGGGACUUUGGGAGGACCACCCCAAACAUAGGGACGCUCACUGGUGUAGAAUGUGACAUUCUGGAGCUGGAUGUUCAGAGUGUUGAGCUGGACUGGCCGCCAAGUUUAGGAGACACUUGACAUGUUGUAAAAGACAAGUCCCAAGGAAAUAGGAAUAGAAGCUUGAACCUCAUACAAUGAGUUGUCCAUUUUUGAGCUAUUAUUGUUUUUGUUAUUGAAGUAAAUAUAAAAGCAAAUAAAACAGAAACAAUG